AUGUCUGAGGCUGCAUUCCGCAUCUUAGACUCCCACACCGAGUCCCUCAACACCCUAGACUCCCUCAACGAGUCCCUCCACACCCUAGCCUCCCUCAACGAGUCCGUCCACACCCUAGCAUCCCACAACGAGUCCCUCCACACCCUAGACUCCCUCAACGAGUCCCUCCACACCCUAGCCUCCCACAACGAGUCCCUCCACACCCUAGCAUCCCACAACGAGUCCCUCCACACCCUAGACUCCGUCAACGAGUCCGUCCACACCCUAGCAUCCCACAACGAGUCCCUCCACACCCUAGCAUCCCACAACGAGCCCCUCCACACCCUACACUCCCUCAACGAGUCCGUCCACACCCUAGCAUCCCACAACGAGUCCCUCCACACCCUAGACUCCCACAACGAGUCCGUCCACACCCUAGACUCCCUCAACGAGUCCCUCCACACCCAAGCAUCCCACAACGAGUCCCUCCACACCCUAGACUCCCACAACGAGUCCCUCCACACCCUAGACUCCCUCAACGAGUCCCUCCACACCCUAGCCUCCAACAACGAGUCCCUCCACACCCUAGACUCCCACAACGAGUCCGUCCACACCCUAGACUCCCUCAACGAGUCCCUCCACACCCAAGACUCCCGCAACGAGUCCGUCCAAACCCUAGACUCCCUCAACGAGUCCCUCCACACCCAAGCCUCCAACAACGAGUCCGUCCACACCCUAGCAUCCCACAACGAGUCCCUCCACACCCAAGACUCCCACAACGAGUCCGUCCACACCCUAGACUCCCUCAACGAGUCCCUCCACACCCUAGCCUCCCACAACGAGUCCCUCCACACCCUAGACUCCCACAACGAGUCCCUCCACACCCUAGACUCCCUCAACGAGUCCCUCCACACCCUAGCCUCCAACAACGAGUCCCUCCACACCCUAGCCUCCAACAACGACCUCCAACAAAGAGUCGUCCACACCCUAGACUCCCUCAACGAGUCCCUCCACACCCUAGACUCCCUCAACGAGUCCCUCCACACCCUAGACUCCAACAACGAGUCCCUCCACACCCUAGCCUCCCUCAACGAGUCCCUCCACACCCUAGCCUCCAACAACGAGUCCCUCCACACCCUAGCCUCCAACAACGAGUCCCUCCGCACCCUAGCCUCCAACAACGAGUCCCUCCACACCCUAGACUCCCUCAACGAGUCCCUCCACACCCUAGACUCCCUCAACGAGUCCCUCCACACCCUAGCCUCCAACAACGAGUCCCUCCACACCCUAGACUCCCUCAACGAGUCCCUCCACACCCUAGACUCCCUCAACGAGUCCCUCCGCACCCUAGCCUCCAACAACGAGUCCCUCCACACCCUAGACUCCCACACCGAGUCCCUCCACACCCUAGCCUCCCACAACGAGUCCCUCCACACCCUAGCCUCCCUCAACGAGUCCCUCCACACCCUAGACUCCCUCAACGAGUCCCUCCACACCCUAGACUCCCUCAACGAGUCCCUCCACACCCUAGACUCCCUCAACGAGUCCCUCCGCACCCUAGACUCCCUCAACGAGUCCCUCCGCUCGUCCCAUCAGCAACGGACAAAGCCACUCUCUUAA